AUGGUCGACACUAGCUACCUUGCGCAGCAGGUCAACAACAGUAUUGGCCAGCUCCACGGUCUCUUCGAUGAGAUCGGUGUUCCUGAUCAUGAGCGUGAAGCUCGAGAGUCUGAGCUCUUCUCAGCACUAUCCGAGGCCCUCAACAGCCAAGUGCGACUCGUCAACUCAGAAAAGAAGGAAAUGAUUGAAGAAGCAAAGAAGAUCAUUACCAUCAUCCAUCAAAUGGAAGCCUCGCUCGACGACACAAAUCGCCGCCGCUCUCAAGAGGACGACGAGCUCACCAUCACAUAUCCUUUAAUGCGAUGCCUUCAACAACUAAGGGAGAAGCACACACAAAUCAGUCGCAUCCACAAGGAGCGAUUCGAACAAGUCAAGAAACUCGUAGUGGCACUCGAGUCCUACUCUUCGCAUCUCGAACCCACCUUUGUCCAGAUCCCAUUACCCCCUACAGGCCCAAAUCAAUCCAUCCCUGCCAACUUCGACCUUUCUGCCACCUAUGUCGACAAGCUUGACAGCGAGUUCACACGAGUUUAUGAGGAGUAUUCUCGUCGUAUUGCUACAGUUCAAGCCCUUGCCGACCAGACGAUUGGACUCUGGGCAGAGCUUGGCAUUCCCCAAGCGCAACAAGAUGGUGCCAUUGUAAAAUACUACCGCGAUGCUCCCGAGCAGCUUGGUCUACAUGAGGAAGACAUCAACCGUCUCCGUGCCAAGCGUGACAGACUCUCCGACGAGAAGAAGAACCGAGAGAAGAAGCUCAACCAGCUCAGGGCUGCUGUUGAAGCUCUCUGGAUCAAGCUCGGUGUUGAUGAGAGUGAAACCAAGCCAUUCCUUAACGCGAACCGGGGUUGUGGUGUUCGACAGAUCAACGAGUUUGAGGAUGAGCUUGCUCGUCUAAACGAACUCAAGCGCCAAAACCUUCACCUUUUCGUCGAGGACACUCGCAUCAAGCUUCAAGAACUCUGGGAUGCGCUCUACUUCAGCGAGGAUGAGAUGCUUGAGUUCACACCUGCCUUUUCCGAUGUCUACAGUGAUGCUCUUCUGGAGGCUCAUGAACGUGAGGUUGCCCGCCUUGAAACUCUCAAGGAACAGCGAGCCCCCACUCUUGCUUUGAUCGACAGAUACAAGACUCUUGUGAAGGAGCGCGAUGAUCUCGCUGCAUCCAGUCAAGAUGCCUCGAGACUCAUGGGUCGUGGCCAGAAGGGUGAGAAGCGAGACCCUGGCAAGCUGCUCCGCGAGGAGAAGAUGCGAAAGCGCAUUGCCAAGGAACUGCCCAAGAUCACCGCUGAGCUGCGCAAGAUACUUUCCAAGUGGGAAGACGAGUAUGGACGAUCGUUUCUUGUUUUCGGCGAGAGGUUCCUGGACGAGAUCGAGGCUGCUGAUAAUUCCAAGACGAGCGGACUACCACCGCGCUCCAAAACCCCUGCUGGCCCUCCGCCCUCAACUGCCAAACCACCCAAGGCAGUACCCAGCCGAAUCAAUACCAAGUCUGUCCCUCCUCGAUCCAUGACCAGAACUCCUACCACUGCCGCGCCUCCCAUGCGCCCCGGACACCAGACACAUGCCUCCACAUCCAGUAUUCCUCUCAGCCCCGCAAGAAGCCCGUCGCGAAUCCCAGCGCGAGUUCCUUUGUCCAACAUGAAGCACGGAAACAACUCUCCCGAACGCCCUCGGGCCGAGUCCUGUGCUGAUGUCUACCGACCAGGCCAGUCCAUGAUGAGAGCGCCUCCACCCAAGAUGCGCGAUUUGAUGGCUCAGGCUGAGUUUGAAGCUCCCAUGAACCCCUACAAAUCAGUCGGCCUUGCUACUAGCAUUGUUCGCCAAGUCGAGCCAGAGGACGUUUACGACGACCGUCCACGAACGGCUCGAUCCAACUCUGAUAAUUCUCAGUACAGCUACCCGAGCAACACCUCUCACUACAGCAGCCACCCAAGCUUUAGCGAGGAAAGCUUCCACGAUCCCUAUGCUACUAUCCGCUCACAAGGUUACCGUCCAAUGGCUCCUCCCCCUCCCCGACAGAUCUCUGGUGAAUCUAUGGCCUCCACCAAUAUCUCAGGGUCUGAGAAUUGGGAAACCUACGAUGACACCAGCGAACCUGAAGUCGAUGUCUCUGAUGCCUACUAUGCUAGGCUAAAAGCUGCUCGAACCAAGAGAUUCUCCCCAGAGCAAACCCGUCCGGCAAGCAGUCAAUCUAAACGCAUACGCGGAAUACCUCCGCAAGGGUCUUACAAUGGACCUGUUAUGAUUGACCAGGACGGAAACCGCAUCAUCUCUGGCAGCGAGUGGACUGACGAGGAUGCCUACUAA